GGGAUGCGCGGGGCGGCGGCGGCGGGGCGGUGGCAGCGGGCCCCUCGGCGUCCCUCCGGCGGCAGGAACUGGAUGGAGCGGAAAGCAGAGGAGCUGAGCAUUUCAUUGAAGGCCCACGCGUAGACCCUGAUGCUUGAAUGAAUGCAGAAUGGAAAUGCUUCCUGGAGUGGGUGUCUUUGGAACUGGCAGCACCGCCCGGGUCCUGGUCCCCUUGCUGCGAGCAGAAGGCUUCUCUAUUGAAGCACUCUGGGGAAAGACUGAAGAGGAGGCGAAGCAGCUGGCAGAAGAAAUGAAUAUCUCCUUCUACACGAGUCGGACUGAUGAUGUCUUGCUGCACCAGGACGUAGAUUUGGUUUGCAUCAAUAUCCCUCCACCCCUAACUCGGCAAAUUGCUGUGAAAGCUCUAGGAAUAGGGAAGAACGUGAUCUGUGAGAAAGCUGCUACCUCUGUGGAUGCCUUCAGGAUGGUCACGGCUGCCAGAUACUACCCCAAGCUGAUGAGCAUCGUAGGCAAUGUUCUCCGUUUCCUGCCUGUCUUUGUGAAGAUGAAGCAGUUGAUAGAAGAGCACUACGUGGGCAAUGUGAUGAUCUGUGAUGUACGAGUUUACGGGGGAAGCCUGCUCAGCCACAAGUACAACUGGAUCUGUGACGAGCUGAUGGGAGGAGGUGGUCUGCAUACAAUGGGAACAUACAUUAUUGACCUUCUGACACACCUCAUCAACAGGCGAGCAGAGAAGGUCCAUGGUUUGCUCAAGACUUUUGUGAAGCAGAACACCGCUAUAAGUGGGAUCCGCCACGUUACUAGUGAUGAUUUCUGCUUUUUCCAGAUGCUAAUGAGUGAGGGUGUCUGUUGUACUGUGACUCUCAACUUCAACAUGCCCGGAUCAUUCAUUCAUGAAGUCAUGGUUGUUGGGUCCGCCGGUCGCCUCAUAGCUCGUGGGACGGACUUGUAUGGGCAGAAGAACACCGCGCUCCAAGAAGAACUAUUGUUUACAGACGCUCUGACUGUCAACAAAGGCCUUCUGGACAAGGGGUUUAAAGACAUCCCGCUGCUCUACCUAAAAGGAAUGGUAUACAUGGUGCAAGCCUUGCGGAAGUCUUUCCAAGACCAGGAAGAUCGUCGGACGUGGGAUCAUAAACCUGUCUCUAUGGCAGCCUCUUUUGAAGACGGUCUCUACAUGCAAAGUGUGGUAGAGGCCAUCAAAAAAUCCAGCAGGUCAGGGGAGUGGGAGGCUGUGGAGGUCAUGACCGAGGAGCCAGAUGCCAAUCAAAACCUUUGCGAGGCGCUUCAGCGAAAUAACUUAUGAACAUUCCUGCUUUGGAAAACAGGACAAUUGAUGCUUCAGGCUGUAACUGUACAAAUCCUCCCUGUUUUUAAGAUAUGUAGAUUCUUAUUUAAUGAUGUUGCUUGUUUUUUCUUUAAACAUGUAAAAUAUGCCAUGAAACAGUUCUGAUUUAAAUUGUUUAAAGAGUUUUAAAUAUUUCCGUUUUUUGUAAACGUUUAAUUUUUGUCUUGGAGACUUAGAAAAACUUGAAUUGCCCUUUGCACUUGCAGUAGCUGAAGUGAAGCAUGGAUCUCUGCCAUUGCAUGGCUUGGAAAUGGGACACAACCCCUCUUGCACAGGUCGCUUAUUUUAACAGUUUUAACAGGAGAUUAAGUAGAGCAAGAUCAGGGAGCAUCUGUUGUUUAGAUGCCUUUGCCUCCUCUUGGAGACUGAUUUAGUUUUACUCCUCAGUUGGUAAAAAUUUAUUAAAGAGUUUAGUGAUGUAACAUCUCUAAACUCACAUAGGACAGAGUAGAAGAACAGAAUAAAGCUCGUAAAAUAAGGAUCAGCCUUUGGCUUUCUGCACAUGUCAAAUGUUUUUCAAAGUAAUUUAAGCUGGUAUUUUAUUUAAAUGAUGCUAUGAAUUCCCUGUUGAUGGUGUCUUGGCAGUUAUGAGGAAAAUCUUUGGGAAGUCUGUGAUGAUAUAUGUUAUUCUUCCAUAUCUGCAAACAUUUUCUUUCUACUCAAGAGACUGACUGCAUCCAGCAGUUUUUUU